GAAGAACCAGAUGGAAGUAGGGAAGAGGAAGAAAAGAUCAGCCCGAAAUUAUUUUGUUUGUUGUGAAAAGGAUCUGACACUUUUUGUCUCAAUGUUUCAGUUUUGUGGACGAUAAGAUAAAUAUCUCAUUUACCUGACUUUCUGCAUAUGUUACUUAUUUCGGUUUAUAAUGCCGGGAAAUCAAAACAAUGCUAACGAAAAUGAAUUUCAGGAUUUAAAGUCUAGAAUGAAAUUAAUAUUUGAAGCAGACCCUUUACAAUACCACAAUGAUUUUUCACUUAGACGAUAUUUAAAAGCUUUCAAAACCGUUGACAAUGCAUUUCAGGCAGUUUUGAAAACUAAUAAAUGGAGGAAAGAAUAUGGAGUGGCUAAUUUAAAUGAAGAAACACCGGAGAUUAAAAAAAAUUUAGAAGCCAACAAGGCGAGAAUAUUGAAGCACAGAGACAUGCAGGGUCGACCAGUGAUAUAUAUCCCAGGAAAAUACCAUAAUGUUAAUACCCGUGAUUUAGAUGAAUUAACAAAGUUUAUUGUAUACUGUUUGGAAGAAGCCUGCAAAAAAUGUUUUGAGGAGGUUGUAGAUAAUUUGUGCAUAGUUUUUGAUCUUAAGGAUUUUGGACUAAACUCAAUGGACUAUCAGUUAACUAAAAAUUUGAUUUGGUUACUGAGUAGACAUUACCCUGAAAGGUUAGGUGUAUGUCUUAUCAUUAAUGCUCCUACCAUUUUUUCUGGUUGUUGGGCCAUUAUUCGAGGGUGGCUAGAUGAAAAUACAGCUUCCAAGGUAACAUUUGUAAAUUCGGAAAUGGAUUUAUGUGAGUACCUGAUACCGGACAUUCUACCCACCGAUAUAUAAAAUUUGUGGGUAAACUAAGUGAUUAAUACCUACAGAGUUCUCUAAACAUCCUAAAUUGUUUAAAUGUCUUUAUAUUACUAAUUAGAGUAUUUCAUCACUUGCCAUAUAAUUGUGUAAAAUAGGUGUCAAAAUAUUUAAUAUAUACACUAAGUUAAA